UUCAUUCACUUGUCUUUUUACUUUCAUUCCAACACAUGUUCAUCAAAAAUUUGGUUUUCCAACACAAGUUCGGCCUUUUAGCUGGUUUUCUUAUUUUCAAGCUUGUACCACUUGCUUUGGACUCUGUUCUUUGUUCAUCUCCUUGAUUAUUUUUAGCAUUAGUAUAAAAUAAAAAUCUUGGUAUCUGUCCAUAUCUGGGGUUGUCACGAAGGUCAAACCAGCUUGCACUUGGCUAGAUUUGUUUCCCAUAUUUCCUGUUAUUUAAUUUAUGUUCUCAGAUACUCGAAAAGGAUUCUCAGAGUUUGCUGUUUACUUAUGAAUUGGCAAAUCUUAGCCCACUUUCUCUCUGUUGAAGCUUAAUGGUUUUCAAGGUUUCAUUUCACUGAAGCUCAAAGAGGACCAAGCUGGGUUUUGCUUAAUCAAUUUCAAGACUUUGUUACGAUGGGUUGGAGAGGGUUUCAUUUGUUAUUCUGGGUUGUGUCAAUCUUGUCUUUAGCAUGCUUUUGUUCUUGUCAAUCUCAAGGAGACAAUUACCUUAUAGAUUGUGGAUCACUCACCAAUACUACAGUGGAUGGUCGUGUCUUUAUGGCUGAUAAAUUGGCUUCAAACUUACUUUCUUCACCACAAGAUGUUGCUGUCAAUACUUCAAGACCUGUAACCUCCUCCAAUGAUUCGUCGCUGUAUCAAACGGCUAGAAUUUUUACUGGAUCCUCGAAAUACACCUUUCCUAUUAGCCAAACCGGUAGGCACUGGAUUCGGCUUUACUUCAACCCAUUUGAUUCGGGGAAUUUCAAUCUGAGCAGAGCAAAUUUUUCAGUUUCCACCCAAAAGUAUGGCCUCCUUAGCAAUUUCAUUGUGAAUUCUAAAGUUGUUAAAGAGUUUUCUGUGAAUGUAACCGCAGAUAACCUUGUCAUCACUUUCAUUCCUUCAAACAAUUCAUUUGCAUUCCUAAAUGCCAUUGAAGUUGUUUCAGUUCCUGACUCGCUCAUUACAGAUGAUGCCAGCCUCAUUAACCCACAAGAGAAAUUCCAUGGUCUGAUGUGGCAGGCAUUGGAGACGGUGUAUAGAGUAAACAUGGGUGGACCUACUGUAACCCCUAUGAAUGAUACCCUUGGGCGAACUUGGGUUCCCGAUCAAAGUUUCCUAGAGCAACCGAAUUUGGCCAUAAAUAUAUCAAAGAUUUCUGCUGUCAAGUAUGUUCCCGGCGGGGCUACUCGGCAAAUUGCUCCAGAUUCUGUCUAUGGUACUGCCACCAGGAUGAACUCCGAUGGUAACCCAGACAGCAAUUUCAAUGUGACCUGGGACUUUGAUGUGGACCCAGGAUUUCAGUACCUUGUUCGGUUUCACUUUUGUGAUAUUGUGAGUAGUGGUCUUAACGAGCUGUACUUCAAUGUUUUUGUUGAUUCCUGGAUGGCUGUUAAGGAUCUUGAUCUGAGUACUUAUUUAACUAAUACUUUGGCCGCUGCUUACUAUAUGGAUUAUGUUACAAUGAAAACUGUUAGCAGUAAGCUUCGUAUAAGUAUUGGUCCUUCUAAUCUGCAUAACGGUUACCCCAACGCGAUUCUAAAUGGGCUGGAGAUCAUGAAGAUGAACAAUUCACUCAGCAGCCUCAGUGGGCUGACCCCUGACAUCACCAGUUCAAGUUCAAAGAAAAAUGUUGGCAUGAUAGUGGGAGUGAUUGUUGGGGUGUUUAUUUUGGUGGUGUUGGUUGGAGUUCUCUUUAUGUGGUGCCGGAAAAAAAGAGGAAUGGGAUACCAGGGACACUCAAAGACAUGGAUUCCUUUAUCUAUUAGCGGAGGACAUUCUCACACCAUGGGAAGUAAAUACUCUAAUGGAACAACUGCUAGUGUUAAUUCUAACUUGGGGUAUCGAUUUCCUUUUGUGGCAGUUCAAGAAGCCACUAACAACUUUGAUGAAAGUUGGGUUAUUGGGAUUGGUGGUUUCGGAAAGGUAUACAAGGGAGUCCUAAAUGAUGGUACAAAAGUGGCUGUUAAGAGAGGAAAUCCCCGGUCCCAACAGGGACUUGCAGAGUUCCAAACUGAGAUUGAGAUGCUUUCUCAGUUCCGGCACCGCCAUCUGGUUUCACUGAUUGGUUACUGUGAUGAAAAGAAUGAGAUGAUCUUGAUUUAUGAAUAUAUGGAAAAUGGGACCCUCAAGAGUCAUCUCUAUGGUUCAGGUCUUCCCAGCUUGAGUUGGAAGCAGAGACUUGAAAUAUGCAUUGGAGCUGCUAGAGGACUUCAUUACCUUCACACUGGCUACGCAAAAGCAGUUAUUCAUCGUGAUGUAAAGUCUGCAAAUAUCUUGCUUGAUGAGAACCUCAUGGCAAAAGUUGCUGAUUUUGGUCUUUCCAAGACAGGACCUGAAAUUGAUCAAACCCAUGUGAGUACUGCAGUGAAAGGAAGUUUUGGGUACCUCGAUCCAGAAUAUUUCAGAAGGCAACAACUGACAGAGAAGUCUGAUGUUUAUUCAUUUGGGGUGGUCUUGCUUGAAGUCCUUUGUGCAAGACCUGUUAUAGAUCCAACCCUUCCAAGGGAAAUGGUGAAUUUAGCUGAAUGGGCUAUGAAAUGGCAGAAGAAGGGGCAGCUGGAGCAAAUCAUAGAUUCCACUCUUGCAGGAAAAAUUAGACCAGAUUCCCUUAGGAAGUUUGGAGAAACUGCUGAGAAAUGCUUGGCUGACGUUGGUGUUGACAGACCCUCGAUGGGAGAUGUCUUGUGGAAUCUGGAAUAUGCUCUUCAACUGCAGGAGGCAGUCAUUCAAGGUGAUCCUGAAGAAAACAGUACUAAUUUGAUCGGCGAGCUCUCUCCUCAAAUUAACAAUUUCAGCCAGGUUGAUGCUAGUGUUUCUGCUGCUCAUUCUGAUGUGUCAAUUGCAGAUGAUCUCUCAGGAAUUUCAAUGAGUAGGGUGUUUUCACAGCUUGUUAAGUCUGAGGGCAGGUGAUCUGUUGGUGAUUGUAUUCUCCAUGGAUUUAGCUCCUCUCACAGUUACACAUCUUUGCUUUGCCCUCUGAUCAACCUAUAUUUUUCACAUCAUAAUAGAUUCUUGUAUUUUCUUUAUUUUGUUUCAUAGAGUGGGACUUUAGAUUGGCUUCAAUACCUUUGUUUUUUUGUUUCAACGAUGGGAGCAUAUGAUAAUGUGGCUUGUUGAUUGGUCACUGGACCAAUGAAAGGAGGUUAUGGCCCUUGCUUUUUAUCAUUCUUAAGAUAGGUGUAUAAAUCAAACAGGAAAGAUUGGGAAGUUGUGCGAGUUCUCAUUUACAGCAUGUUCAGUGGUUCUAUCGAGCUUUUACAAAUUGUAUAAGGAUUUUGUGUCUUAGAUUAUGUCAGUUAGCUUGUUUAAAUUUCUAUUAAUUUAUGCUUCAUAUCGACUAUGAAUAAAGUGCACUUUUUCUCCUAA